AUGGCGAGGAGACGCGUCCAGUUAACAACGUUGGGUAAACAAUUUGGAAAAUGGGAUCUGGACAGAAUUGGCUAUUUUCAAGAUGAAAAUCCGGCGCCCUUCGGCGAGUAUACAGGAAAACCGGUUCUGUUUCGCGAAGGUAUCAAUGAAGGCCGCCAAAUGUUCCCGGGGCCACGGACCGAUUUAUUUGAAGAGAAAUUCGUGCGGAUUUUCCAUGGUGAGGCACUGAACGAGCCGUGGCGCAUCGAAGCUCAAGAACGGUUGCAACGGGACAAGGAUAAGAUUGGCGGUCAUUUAUUACCACCCGCGCCCGCCAAAAAGCACUCGACGCCGGGUGAUUGGCACGGAUGUUUUGAGAAAGUCACUUACUUCAGCCCUGCGGUUAAGAAGAGAGUGAAGGGAGUCCCUGAACUUCCGAACGUGAGGAUUAAACCUAAUCCUCGUGGAGGGCCAGGAUACCCCGACAUUUGUCUCAACCCUUUCCCGUCCUAUUCCCACGAGCCUUAUGAUAUACCAAGAAAACGAGGGAAACCGAUUGGCCGAUUUCUUUAUGCGAGCGCAACUCAGGAUUAUUUUCCGCCAAAUCCUUACCUCGCCUUGGACACUGGACCAACGUACGUGCGUCCAAAAUACAUCCCGCCAAAAAUGAUUGGCCCCGGUCACAUAUACGUUCAAUUCCCGAAGAAACCUGGUGGAAAUCAUUCAGGUUGUUUCAAUAAAUUCCCUGAGUACCCGACCGCGUCGUAUUACAAGGAGAUCGAAAGAGAAAAGAAGGAGGUUGCCGUGUUCGUUGCUGGCGGACCACCCCGUCGAUCUAAGUACACUAAUAGUAUCGUGGAUCAAGUUACCGGUAUAUCCUGUAACUCGACGAAUUAUGCUACUUAUCGGGAACAAGUUUAUCCUUUGGACAAAUAA